CCCAGUGAUCGAGUGUUGAGUUGCUAAAAAGUGCUUGAUGAAUCGCUCUUAUUAUGGACAAUUCUAAAUCGACGAGUAAACCGAAUCCUGCAGAACGAGCCAAUCCAAUAUCGCGCAUAACAUGGUGGUGGACUCUUCCAAUAUUCAAAAAAGGCUACAGCAAGGUCUUUGGAGUGGACGAUUUGUACGACCCAAUAAAGACAGAUGAAUCAAACGUAUUGGGCGACCAACUGGAAAAGAGAUGGAUGCAAGAAGUCCAAAAGGCAAAAAAAGCCAAUCGGCGACCGAGACUUAUCAAAGCCCUUUUCCGAACGUUUCUCUUCGAAAACGCCAUGCUUGCCCUCCUCCACGUGCUCAACCAGUUUGUUCUAAAUCUAGGCAUUCCUCUUCUGUUGGGUGAACUUCUCAAGUACUACAAACCUAAACCGCUCAUCACGUACGAUGCGGCGUUAAUGUACGCAGCUGGUAUCGUCGGGGCCAUUGCCACCGCAAAUGUUACUAUGAACUACAGCCUAUACGGUGCUUUUCACGUAGGCGGAAGAAUCAGAAUAUCCGUUUGUUCGCUCAUCUACAGAAAGGCGUUAAAACUCAGCAAGACAGCAUUGGGUGAAACGGCGCCAGGGAAAAUAGUGAACCUCCUGGCUAACGAUGUCAACAGAUUCGACAUCAUCAUGAAUUUCAUCAACUACAUGUGGUCAGCUCCACUACUGACCUUGUGCAUCGGCGCCAUCCUGUACAACGAGUCCGGAUACGCUGGAGUCGCUGGAAUUGUUGCCAUAUUUUUGGUUGUACCUAUGCAAUCUUACUUGGGCAAACUGUCGUCCAGGUUCCGUUUGCAGACUGCCAUCAAAACUGACGAGAGGGUCCGUCUGAUGGACGAAAUAAUCUCGGGGGUCCAAGUGAUAAAAAUGUACGCGUGGGAAAAACCAUUUUGCGCUCUGGUUGGACAAGCGCGCAAACUCGAGCUGAAAGUCGUCAGGAAAAGCGCGUACAUUCGGGGUAUCUACAUGACGUUCAACAUUUUCACCACUCGCUUGGCUUUGUGGUGCAGUUUGAUGGUGAUGCUGCUGCUGGGCGACACCCUCACCGCCGCCAAAGUGUUCGUCUUCACCUCGUACUUUGGUAUGCUGUCUCAUACCAUGACCGGUAUGUUCGUGCGCGGCUUCGCCGAAAUCUCCGAAUGUUCGGUCGUGAUCAAAAGAUUGGAAAACUUUUUGAUGUUUGACGAAUUCAAAUCGGGCAACGUGGCUAACGAGCUGCUGCAACCAACUAAGGACGCAUCUUCGAAGCAGCCUGAGGAGCAACAACAACAACAGCAGCAACAGUUUUCGCGAAUAGAAGAAAUCGAACAUUACGACAACGGCGUGGACGGCAGAAGGACGCACAACAUGAUCAUCGCGGCAAACAACCAGGACAACCAGUUGGUCCUCGCUGUUCCGAACAACGAUGACACCUACGACGUGCAAUUCGACGACGUAACCGCCAAAUGGAACGAGCACUCGUCCGACAAUACCUUGGAGAAUAUAAACGUUAAAAUCGAGCCGGGCAAGCUGUACAUAGUCAUCGGUAUGGUCGGAUCGGGCAAAAGCUCGUUACUCUCGACGAUCCUCGGCGAGGUCAACGUACUGCGGGGUAACGUUAGGGUCAAGGGUACCAUCAGCUACGCGGACCAAGACGCUUGGGUCUUUGGCUCGAGCGUCCGGCAAAACGUCACCUUCGGACAGGAGUUCGACCGACAAAGGUACCAAAGAGUCGUCAAGGCUUGCGCUCUGCUCAAGGAUUUCAAGCAGUUCCCGCAUGGCGAUCAGACCAUCGUGGGGGAAAGGGGAAGUUCGUUGUCUGGUGGUCAAAAAGCCAGGAUCAAUUUGGCGAGGGCAGUCUACAGACAAGCCAACAUAUACUUGCUGGACGAUCCUUUGAGCGCGGUCGAUGCACACGUCGGCAAGCAUCUGUUCGAGGAGUGCUUGCAAAAAUACUUGAGGGGUAAAACGCGCUUGCUAGCCACUCAUCAGCUCCAAUACGUGAAGGCCGCCGAUUCCAUCAUACUGAUGGAUCAAGGAAAACUGUCCGAGUACAGAGAUUACCACGCUCUGCUUCGAGAACAUCCGGAGUACAGUUGGCUUAUCGCCGAGGACAAAGAAAACACACCCGUCACGGAGGUUCCCAACGAAGGAGUUUUUUUGCAGCGUCGGUUCUCCCGUAUGAGCACGAGAAGCGACAAAUCGGAUAUGAGUAACUACGACGAGGUGGAAGACCACGAGCAGCAGGAAGUCGACAAGAUUGAAAAAACGACCCGCGGAGUCGUCAAGGGCAGUUUACUGUUCAAUUACUUGAGUAUCGGUGCGAAUCACUUUUUCGUUGGUGUCGUUAUAAUUUUGUUCGCGACGACCCAACUGAUCGCUAGUUACAACGAUUACUUCAUCAAAGACUUCGUGAACGCCGAAGAAUCGCGAGCUUACUGGGAUAAGAACGCCUCUACCGGGGAGUUUAACAAAAGUUCGACAAUCCUCGACAAAGACAGAAUCCUUCCGCAGCAUCUGUACAUCGUGAUAUACACCAUUAUUGUCUUUGCCGUUUUCUUGGUUGGCAUCACGCGGUCUCUGACUUUUUAUACAAUCAGCUUGCGGGUGAGCCAGCGUCUCCACGACUUUGCGUUCAACGCGCUGGUUCGUGCGAGCAUGCGGUUCUUCGAUACCAAUGCCAGUGGCCGGAUUUUGAAUCGAUUUUCCAAAGACAUGAGCGCCAUUGAUGAGUUGUUGCCGAAAGCCGUGAUGGAUGCCAGUCAGAUAUUGUUGCUGGCGUUAGGUACGCUCGUUGUCGCUUGCAUCGUCAAUUUGUACUUUUUGGUUCCUGUGGCGGUUAUUGGUUUCAUUACUUACUGGAUAAGAAAAGUUUACUUGAAAACCAGCAAAAACGUCAAGAGAUUGGAAGGAAUGACUCGAUCGCCGGUAUUUACGCACUUGAAUGCAACGCUCAACGGAUUGUCGACGAUUAGGGCCUACGAGGCGCAGACAAUUCUCAAGCAAGAAUUCGAUAAUCUUCAAGACAUGCACACUUCGUCGUGGUACAUGUUUAUCGUUGCAGGAACUGCCUUUGGUUUUUGGCUGGAUAUGUUUUUCCUGUCUUUCACGGGAAUCGUCAUAUUUAGUUUUUUUUUCUUCCAAAACGUUUUUUCUGGAAGUGAUGUGGGACUGGCUAUCAGUCAAGUAAUGACAAUGUCAACGAUGAUCCAGUGGGGGAUGCGGCAAUCGUCGGAAGUGGAUAAUCAGUUGAUGGCAGUCGAGCGAGUGUUCGAGUACACGCAAAUUCCACCAGAGAAAAAUGUCAGAGACAAGGGGGUGAGGACAAAACAAAUGAUCAAAAAAGCUAAACUAGAACCGGUCGACACGUCAAUCGAAGUACCCAAGAACUGGCCGAGUCAAGGUCUCAUUCAAUUUAAACAAGUCUUUAUGCGAUACAGCGAAGAAGAUGCACCAGUACUCAAGGAUUUGAAUAUAACGAUUUAUCCAACUGAAAAAAUUGGCAUCGUGGGGAGAACCGGUGCCGGAAAGUCAUCUCUCAUUUCAGCCCUAUUUAGGCUGGCGAUAGUUGAAGGUGACAUCGAAAUUGAUGGAAUAAACACUGGAGUUAUUGCCGUGGAAGAUUUAAGAAAGAAUAUUUCAAUCAUUCCACAGAGCCCAGUGUUGUUCUCUGGUACGUUGCGGCGUAAUUUAGACCCAUUCAAUGAAUUCUCCGAUCCCAUCUUGUGGGACGUUUUGGAAGAGGUUGAGCUCAAGGAGGCAGUGCAAGCAACUGGUAACGGUCUGGAUCAUAAGGUAUUGGAUAGAGGCUCGAAUUACAGUGUAGGCCAACGCCAGUUGAUCUGUUUAUCCCGAGCCAUUCUUCGCAACAGUAAAGUAUUGAUGCUGGACGAAGCCACUGCCAACGUUGAUCCGCAAACGGACGCUUUGAUUCAACGUACCAUACGCACCAAAUUCGCCAAGUGUACCGUAUUGACGGUAGCCCACAGACUUAACACCAUAAUGGACAGCGACAAGGUGCUGGUGAUGGACAGGGGUUGUGCAGUGGAGUAUGAUCAUCCAUACGUGCUAUUACAAAAUAAAAAUGGCGAAUUUACUUCUUUAGUGCAAGAAACGGGUAAGGCAAUGUAUGAGCAACUAUGCAAAGUAUCGAGAGAUGCUUAUAUGAAUAGACACGAAGAGACACAAUUAUAAAAGUAAAAUUUCAUGCGAAUAAAGUUGAAAAGGAUAAAAAAAUCAUACGACAACUUGUAAUGUAUUAAUUAAAAAAUUGUACAUACUUGUUUUAUAGGCGAUUUUUUAACAAGCAUGAUUAUACUUUAUCCUUUAAUCUUAGAAUAAGUAAUAGUUCUAAUAGAUGCAAUGCAUCUUUUUCUAACGUUUGUACAUAAGCAAUAGUUGUAAGCUUAAGUAUGUAUCUCAUAUUUUUAUAGAUGAUUACUAAAACUUGUCCACAAUACUAGAAUGGUUCGCUCGUUUCGUCUGAAAAAAUAUGUUAGCAUAUGUAUAAAAUUUCUUAUUACAAGGUAAUAGUAGUUCACUCUAAAAAUUAUUUAUAGUAUGAAAUCAUGAAAAGACCAAAUAAAUCAUACGUAUUAUAUGUAUAUUAGAUUCUGAAGUGUGUGAAAAAUCAUAUGUUUAAGUGGUACUGUGAAAUAAAAUUGAUGUGAAUAUCUGUCUUUGUCACUUUUUACUGCACGAAAAAAUAGACUGCGGUCGUUCGAUGGAGACAACAGUCCCCUCCAAUUUUUAAUAUGCAAAUUGCAGCUUUGUACAAGGCGCUGUGUGGUUGGCAGAAACAUUGUAUCUUUAUAAAAAAAUUAAUAGCAACGAUGAGUAAAAAACGCUGUCAUUAUAAUGUACUGUGCUAUUCUUACGUCAACGCGAAUA